CCAUUUGAGCAAAUAAAAAUAACGCAGAUAACGGCAACAAAAAUAGCCGCAACGUGACGUAUUCUCGCAUCAAUAAUUAAAAAGAUUAAACAAGUGCAUACGAUAUGGAGUCCAUGGAAUAUGAAAUGGCACGCAACAUGACAUUGCUCUUCUUCCUCGAGCGACUGCUGGACAAGGGCGAGCCACGCACCGUGCACGAUCUCUCCUGCCAGUUUGGCAAUAAGGAGUUCACCAAGGAGAUGCGACAAAUCGCCGGCGGUAGUCAGUCUGGUCUGAAGAAAUUUCUCGCCCAAUACCCAUCGAUAUUUCUUGUGGACGGUGAUUAUGUGCAGGUGAAUGCCUAUCAGCACAGCAGUUCGGACGAUGGCAACAGCGGCGGCAAGCGCGACUACAUCCAAGAGGCUAAAGACUACUUCAAGAACAAGAUGCUCCAAUAUGGCGCCGCUGCCGAGGUCCCAGUUCGCAGUUUGCUCGGCCAUCGGUCGCAGGCAUCGCCACAAGUGCGUCACAUAUCGGGGCAGCAUAUCAAGGAGUUUACGGACUUUCUGAUGAAGCACACGGACACAUUUAAGGUGACAGACGACUAUGUGGUACUGGUGGGCAGUGAGAAUAUGACGGAUCUGCCGGCCAGGGACCGCUUGCAUUUGCCCCAAUCGAACAUUGAUACGCGCGGCACACAGCAAAUGCUCGACUUUUUUGCACAGUGCAUCGAAAUGAAAGGGCCGCUACUGGUGGAUCAGCUAUUCCACCUGUUGACACUUAACUUUCCCCAGGAUCAAUGGCUGCGCAUGUUCAAGACGCCCGGCGAUUUGAGCUCCUUUCUGAAACUAUUCGGCGACUGCUUUCACAUACAGGCCAAUCUAGUCACGCUGCUGCAGAAGCCAAAGCUAAAUGACUCGCACAUUCAGCAGGCACAGGCGCGUUCUCGCGAGCAGUUUAAUGCGCUUAACAAUAAUCAGAAUCCACGAAAGCCAGAGGCAGCUAUGAGUCCCGUGCAGCAGCGCUUACAUUCGCCAGCCAUGCGCAGCAAUGGUUACAGUAACAACAAUUUAAAUAACAACAAUAAUAAUAACAACAAUAUAGUAUCUCCUAAUUUCAAGCUAAAUGCGCCAGUAUCGAAUAUGACAGGCGGCAAUGGCUUCGGACAAAGCCAAAAUAAGUCAGAGCCCAAUUCAGGCUUUGACAGCUAUGUGCCAAUGUCUGAGCUGAAACUAGAGAAUCUGUGCGAGAACAAUUAUCCCAGCUCAAAUGUGUGCUACGGUCCCAUAGGAGCAGUACCACAACAGCAGCAGCAGCAACAACAGCCGGCGGCGCCAACGGAGCGUUUGAACAGCGUUAAUCAAACACUAAAGCAGCGCAUAAAUACACUGGUCAUCCGCACCCUAGCGGAAAAUCUGGAGAAGGACAAGCAAACACUAGCUAAUCAGAACGCACACUCGAGUCCGGUACACGGCGGCAACACCAAAGCGGCAGGCAGCGCAGGAACAACGGUUGCGGGCACAGCUGUGGCAACAUCGGCACAAAACAAUGCCAAUCCCUCGCCUAGUCAAAGCUAUUUCGUUGGCGAUACCUGGAAGAUAAAAGUACUGCAAAAUACCACUGUUAUUGCCAAUGUGAAGCAUUCAACGUUUGUCACCGAGGCUUUGCUAGACCUAGCCAAAGAUGAGAGCAACAUUGCCAUAUCGCUCGAUUGUGAGGGCAUAAAUCUUGGCAUAAAGGGUGAGAUAACUCUGAUUGAGAUCGGUACAGCUCGUGGCGAGGCAUUCCUUUUCGACGUGCAAUCCUGCCCCGCCAUGGUGAGCGACGGUGGCUUAAAGACGCUACUAGAGCACGAUCAAGUGAUAAAAGUCAUUCACGAUUGCCGGAAUGAUGCAGUUAAUCUGUAUCUGCAAUUUGGCAUAUUGUUGCGCAAUGUAUUUGACACGCAAGCGGCGCAUGCCAUAUUACAGUAUCAAGAGAACGGCAAGCAGGUGUAUAAGGCCAAAUACAUAUCGCUAAACUCGCUGUGCGAGCAAUACAAUGCGCCCUGUAAUCCCAUUAAGGAUCAGCUGAAGCAAAUCUAUCGGCGGGAUCAGAAGUUCUGGGCCAAAAGACCGCUGACACGUGAAAUGAUGCUAUAUGCGGCGGGGGAUGUCCUUGUACUGAUACACGAUCAGCUCUUUGGCAAUCUGGCGCAACAGAUUAAACCCGAAAACCGGCAGCUAUUCUCCGAGCUGUGCACCGAGCAAAUUCUCAUGCAGAUCAAGCCCAAUGAAGUCAAGAUACGAAAGAAGCAGCGCAAGGUUAGCACCGAGGUGUCGGAUCUGAAGCAAAAACUGGCGCAGACCAGCAAAAGUAUUGUGCUUUCCAAUCGCGAAAUACGGCUGCUGCGCUAUAUGGACUUGACGGAGGACGAGAAGGAGCGCCUCAAGGGCUAUUACAAAGUGGCCAAGAAGUUGGAGAAGAUGGAAUCUGCUGGCAAUCCAAAUAAAGAUCAAAGUGACUCUGAGGACGAGGCGGAACCAAAUGAAAACGACUUUUUCCCAAGCUUGGAUUCGGUGCCUUCGGAUAAUUCGCUGUCGGGUACAUUCUCGCCACGUUUCAGCUCUGAGCCGCCCAGUUUGACUGAAUCAAUGCAAAUGCUAGAGGAAAUACUCCAAAAUAAAUCGAUGGAUCGAAUAGCGCGCAUUGAUAAGCUCGAGGCCAUAUUGACGACUGCAACUACAUUGCCAUGCGAUCAAAUUAUUACUUCCAAUGCAAUGCAGGAACAAUUGGGCUCCAGCAUUGCGACCACUGAGAAUCUGCAAAUCAUUCGCGAGAAAUCAAGAAACAUGAAGAACUGUAAUUGCCAUGGAGAGCGCAGCAUAACGCCCAUUUUGAGAUCAGGGAAUGACAAGCGAGUAGUCAAACUGGUGGAUGCAGAGUCGCAAACUCUGAGCACCGGUGACGUAGUUAUCACCAAAAUCUUUUUUCAAGAAGAACACGAGCGUGCCAAGGAGACGGCGUUGGCCAAUAGCAAUGCCAAUUCACCGAAAAGGGUGGCUUCAACUUAAACAGUUCUUGAAAACCGAUUCCUAACUAGAAAACAAAUGUGCAGACAGACAUAUGUAUUAUUUUUUAUUAUCAUGAUGAGACUUCACUUGAAAUGGAAGUAAAAGACGGAGUGCCCAACUCUAUUAAAUAUGCAAUAAUUUUUCUAUCUAUUGAAAAGCAAUAUAAUUUGUGCCUAAAUGUUGAACAUUGUAUUAACAAUACUUGCUAUAUAGUAUAUUAUUUACUCCUAUUUCAACUGUGUUAACAUAAACAUAUAUUGAUAUAUUGAUUUUGCUCACUCAUUAAUGAAAUCAACCAUUUUACUAAGCCAAAAUUGUUACACCGAAUCGCACUUCUCAUCGACAGAUGGUUUAGAAUUUGUGUUGCAUUCUGAUUUUUUAGCAAUUUGAGUUAAAGCUUUACUUAUACACUUACAAUUAUAUUAAAUGAAAACCUAGCGAACCAAUCAAUCAAAUGCGUGUAUUAAAUUUGACAUUUAAACAAGAUUUGCUUUUUAUUUAACAUAAAAAUUAAGCAAAUCUUAUUAUAAGAAACGUUGGACCAAUCUGUGUAAAAUCGAACGCCUUUACAUUAAUAGAUUCAGUUUGUAGAGGUUUCCAAUAUCCUUGUCGCCAUAUCAAAACUAAACUUUGUAUUUUUAUCAUAAUACCUCCAAAAAAAAAUAAAAUAAUAAACACGUUUAUCCAAUUUAAUUUUAAAUAUACCCAAAUAUAUAAUCAAAAUUUCUAACCUAUUAACAAAGUGCAUAGUCAAUAUAAGUAAUUGAUAUUAAAUUGUAAAGAGAACUUAUUGAAAUUGUACGAUUAUAAAAUAUGCAUAAUUAAAUAAAAAAAAAUUGUAUAUACAUAUUAAUGAAAAUCUGCUCGAAAGAAACUGUGAAAAGCUUCAGAUAACUCUUACUCCUACUAAUCUCAGAAACAGGUUUCCUUCAAAGACAAGGACUACUUGGACAAUCUUCGUGGGAGCUAUGACCGAUUUGGAGCCUCUGUUGGAAUAUGGAUCGUCUUUCAAUAAAGGAUGAUUUUUAGCUUCACUAGAAUUAUUAAAAAUCUUCAGAAUUUUUUGGUUUUUGUUUUUUAUUUAACACCAAACAUCAAGAGGCUUAAAACAUUGAUAAGUUUGUG